AAAGAAUUUUGCAAACCGCAAGAACCCUCGUUCCUUCGUCAGUGAAUUCGCUACUCGCACAGAUCAAGGUCAGUGGUUUCUCCUCCCACGUCCCAUCUCCUCCUACAUUCUGAAACGAUACAGGUGGGCGGAUGAAGACGGUGCUGCUAUUUCUGAUCUGUUUUGGAGAAAAUGUGCAGAUCGAACCAAAGACAAUCUGUCAAAAGAGCGAGCAAAAGCCCUGCAGAAUGCUAGCAAUGAAUUUCCAGGUCAAGGGGAUUUGCACAUGCAUAAGUAUAACCCAUGGUGGUGUAGCGCUGAUAUUUGGGCUCAGAUGUGUGCUCAGUGGACAGAGCCUGAGUUUGUGCACAAAAGUAGUACUGCCUCAGGAAAUAGAUGUGGAGGUGCUGAGAAGGCCAAAGGAGUCUCAAUCUCAGGGUACUAUCAACUGGUUGGAUGUGUACGUGGCUACUCGUGAAGGCAUACCAGCUGCUCAGGAAGUAGCGAAAAAUUAUCGCACUUUAGUUGCUGAGCGCUAUCCUGAGGGCACUCAGCCCCCGCAUAUUGAUCAGGAGCUUUGGGAGAGGGCCUCUAUUGUGAAGAAGAACUAUGUCAAGGGUCAGGGACAACGAAGACGCCCAUCUAUCUUUGGCUCAACCUGUAGCACACAGUCUUCACAGUCACAGAGUCAUCCACUUGUUCAUACUCCUGCUGACUGUGUUCGAGCUAUAUGUCAGGAUCGAGCGCUUCUUCGUGUAUUAGGAGGACAUCUUGGGCUUAUGGAUCCUGAUGAGUUAGCUCGUGCUGUGGCUGAGGCUGCAGCAUCGCAGCAAAGUGAUGGUCAACAGGGUGAUCAUGAUGAUCAGGAUGCUGAUGAUUAUGAUGAGGAUGCUGAUAUUGGAGGAUCUUAGUGUCAGGGUGAUCAUGAAGAUACGGAUGUUGAUAUUGGAGGAUCUUUGAGUAUUCUGGUCUUAGUAUUGUAUAAUUGGAACAUAUGGUUUUGUUGCUGAAUUUUUAGGGAUGAUGUAAACUUUGAUAAAUUUUUAAGGAUGAUGUAAACUUUGAUGUUGGGAUUUUUGUUAUGGUUGUGUUCAAUGCGAUCAUUUUAAAUAUA